CUGCAGGGCCUAUUUAGAGGGGCUGGAGAGCUAGUGUUCUGAAUCAUUUCUUUCCUAGGAUGGCUCCCCGGAGGGUGGUCCUGGUUGUGGCUGUCUGUGUAGCAGUAUUUGGGGUGCCAGUUGUCCCAGAGCUGGUUCCCUCCCAAUUGAACAGCUCCUCGCACCCAACCACAGCAGCUAUUGCCACAGGUCACAGUCUGCAAGAUGCCACAACUGCACAGUCUGCAAAGAUGAGCCUCUUCCAUAAAGUCCUGAAUGCUGCCAAAGAUCUAGUGUCCCCCUUCUGGGGUGAUUCCUCUAACACCACAGUGACACCUGCUGCUUCAGCCCCCUCUGGUACCACAGUGGCUGACCAUCUCUCAGCUAGGACACCAGGUCAUGUCCAGUUCCUGCAAGGUGGCCACUCCAUAAAGUCUGCAAAGAUAAACUUCACCCUAAGGAUCCUGAAUGAGGACUUCAGUGUGAUGGCAGAGCCCCCAACAUACACCCCUGGCUCUCCCAUCCGUGUUGAGGCCAAAGUGGAAUCCAGUGCAGGUGUCUCUCCAAGAAUCUAUGUGGAUGAGUGCUAUGGGAGCCAUGCAGAGCACCUGAGCCAUUCCAGGAGGAUCUAUGUGAUUGUGAACAACCAUGGGUGUCUCCAUGGGGGGAAGUCUGGGGAUGUUGCUGUCUGGUGUCGGCCUGAGGAUUCUGCCUUGCAGUUUGCCACCCCAGCUUUCAUGCUGGCUGAUGAACCAGAGGAAAAGAUCUACAUUCACUGCCUGCUGACUGCAUGGGGCCAGGAGAGCCUCACAAGCCUAGGGAAGAAGUCCUGCUAUUACAACAGUACCUCCUUCAGCUGGCAGAACCUAGAGGACCCUUCCCAAAACUUAAAGUGUAGCUGCUGUGACAGCCACUGCCCUGCUGACUCUGCUCCCCCAGGAGAACUAAGAGAGUUUGUAGGUGAAGGGAUGCUCCAUAGAAAGGUAGCUGGCCCCUUGAUGGUGCACAAGGAAGAGGCUCCAUGGUAUGAAGAACGAUGCCGCACCCUGAAGAAGCUUCUGCUGGUGGGUGUUGCUUUUGUAGGCAGCUGUCUAGUGGGAGCCCUCUUUGUAGGAGGCCUCUUAGCUCUGGCUCUGGCCUUGUUCCGGUCAUACCAGCGCAGCAAAGGGCAAAGGCUGCUGAGGAAGAGGAAGGAGUACCCCUACCAGACAGAGCUGCAGAGUGUGGUGAACGCCCUCGUGACUGCUGAAGAGAUGCAGAAGGCUGAGAGAGAAUCCAGCAUAGACUACAACUUGAAUACAGAUGCAUCAGAGAAGGAAUAACCAGCCCUUCAAGCUACAAUAAAUGCUCUAUUUCUCUAAUGUUCAUCUCUUGUCUUGCUUCCCUCUGCUGACAAAUGGGGGUGGUGGGGAGGAGGCAAAAGCCAAGGAGCUGGAGCUUUGUGUGAAGCUCCGCAAUAACAGGUGCAAGUACCGGUGUCCUGACAUGCAAGUGCACUUGCCACCUAGGCACAGGGCCAAUCUCUGCCUUCAAUUGACCUGUAACAAUGAACCAGGGGACCUUCCUAGUAGCAAAUGACUCAGAAAAUAGAGCUGGAGUAUAGGGUAUCUCAAGGCUAGCAGUUAAACCAAAGCUGUGCUAGAGGUCAGGGCCAAUGCUCUGAGGCUACAGCUGCAGGCUGGGGUGCUACAGUGGGCACCACCCAAAUCCUGCAUUUUCUGGUGUCUGUAUGUUGCAUUGUCUGCUUCUGUGAGGCUUAGAGGAAGGGAGAGACAAACCUCCUCACUUCUCUCCCUGCCAGCAUAUCAUGGCUAUUAAGACCGUCCCUGCACUAAAGCAGAGGGAGCCUAACUAAUUAGUUCAAUAGCACAUGGAACUGGAGUGAAUUCAGGUUAAAGCAGUUUAUUCUGAGGAGAGGGAAUUGCUAGUUUUGACUAGUCAGGUUCCCACUGUAAGACAACAGCAGGAACUGGAGCCAGUUAGAGGAAUGUGAGUUAGUGCAAUUAACCCCCAGAAGAGGUGUGUGGGGUUUUUUGUUUUUUUUUCCCCCACAGUAAAUACAGAUCUCAAUGGGCCAAAACUAACCUGUCCUGGGG